GAGCUGCCCAUUGACUCCCCACCCCGACAGACAGACAGACAGAGAGAGAGAGAGAGAGAGAUAGACAGACAGACCCGGGAUUGUAACAGCGGAAUCCCAGCGGAGGAAGAGAGGAGCCGGGAGAGAGAGAGAGAGCGCACAUUGGGGGUUCUUUCUGGACGAUCGCUCGCUUGGGUCAGGAGGUUGAACCAGAAUGUCUCAUCCCAGCGCUCCACCAUCUUAUGAAGAAUCAGUCAACCCAUUGUACCCACCCUCAGCUGAGCCUGGGUAUCCCAUAUCAGGACCUUACCCACCAGGGGGAAAUGCCCCCUACCCACCUGGGGGAAAUGCGCUCUACCCACCUGGGGGAAAUGCGCCCUACCCACCUGGGGGAAAUGCCCCCUACCCACCUGGGGGAAAUGCCCCCUACCCACCUGGGGGAAACUCUGACUUCCCAUCGAUGUUCCCCCAUUCAGGAAAUCCGAUGGGCCCUCCCAUGAUGCCGACUAUCCCACUGAAUCCUGCCUGGUCUGGAGGCAGCUCGGGUGCCUACGGCAGCCCAGGGACAGACCCGGAGAGUGGCACUGAGGGAUUCACAUCCAGUUCCUGGGAUGAUCGGAAAGUUCGUCAUGCAUUCAUCCGAAAGGUGUACAUGAUCCUUACGGUUCAGUUGACGGUGACAUUCGGGAUUGUUGCUGUCUUCACGUUCAGUGCUCCAGUUCAACAGUUUGUACGAACAAACUCCGCAGUCUACUGGUCAGCGUAUGGUGUGUUCAUUGUGAUCUAUUUUGUCCUGAUCUGCUGUGAAGGACCCAGGAGGAAGUUUCCCUGGAAUGUGAUCCUUCUGGCUAUUUUUACUUUGGCUAUGUCAUAUUUGACUGGAACGAUUGCAAGUUACCACAGUACCAAGUCUGUGUUUCUCUGCCUCGGGAUCACUGCCCUGGUCUGUCUCGGCGUCACCAUCUUCUGCUUCCAGACCAAGGUGGAUUUCACUUCGUGUGGAGGUCUGUUCUGUGCCCUGGGGAUUGGUCUCUUUGUUGCUGGGAUUGUCGUUACCAUUGUUCUGUCUUUCAAAUAUAUUCCGUGGCUUCACAUGUUGUAUUCUGCAAUUGCAGCCAUUGUUUUUACUCUGUUCUUGGCCUUUGACACUCAGCUGAUCCUGGGCAACAGACGACAUUCCAUCAGCCCAGAGGAGUAUGUUUACGGGGCACUCCGACUCUACACAGACAUUGUCCAAAUCUUCAUCUACCUCCUUCAGUUGUUUGGAUCCAGAUGAAGAUGCAGACUGUAGUUCUGUUACAGACACACCUCCCUCGUUCUCUCUCCUUGUGUAAAAUAAUCUUGCGCUUAUAGAAUUCAGUGAAAAGUUACUUCAGCACAGUUGGAAUUAUUGGAUGUAGCUCCUGUUCUGACAGGUCCCUACCUUCCUGAUCUUCUGCCUAUUAUGGCUUCCUCUCCAAAAUAAAUUAAUUAUAAAAUAAAAACAGAAAAUGCUGUAAAUAUGCGGCAGGUUAGGCAGCAUCUGUGGAGAAACAAGAGUUAACGUUUCAGGUCAAUGACCUUUCACCAGAACUGAAAACAUUAAUGGUUUUUAAAAAAGUCAGAGCCUGAAUUGAGGGAAGGGUGGGGGGGGGGUUGGCGGUGGAGCUGAACAAAAGGGGAAGGUUUAUGAUAGGGUAAAAGGUCAUUGACUCAAAACGUUCACUCUGUUUCUCUCUCCACAGAUGCUGCCUGACCUGCUGAGUUUUUCCAGCAGUUUCUAUUUGCUUUCAGAUUUCCAGCAUCUGCAAUGUUCAGCCUUUGAAAGGAAAUGCAUUGUGUGAUACGUUGGUGAUCCCCAUUCAUUCCCAUAAUUCCAAUGUCUAUACCUCCGGGCCCACCUUGUCCUGUUUCUCUUAGUCUCUUGCUCCAAGGAUUCACCCCAAAUCAAAGAUAGUCCUCAACAAGUGCGAUCCAUGGGUGAGAUGGUGUGAAGACUUCAGUUGACUGAGGAAAAGAGCAUUUGAGGACCAGGAUCUCAAACCCGAGACUAAGUUUUGUCUUACUGGGCAGCAGUGACCACUGGGCUUCGAAAUGCUUCAGAGACUUAGACAACCUACAGCCGGCACCUCAAAGCGCUGGGGAAGACUGGGGAAGUAACCACCAGCGAUGCCUUCACAACAUCCUGCAAAUCCACUGACCAGAAAGGUGGACCAACAGCAGCGGCUUCUCCCCAGGCCAACUCACCCAGCACCGGGGCGCUAAUCACCCCAAAACCAGCUCCGCUGGGUGGGACACCUCGUUCGCAUGCCUCACACCAGAAUCCCGAAGUAACUGCUGCAUUUGGAACUCGGUCACUCCCAGGAGGACAGCGGGAACGUUCUAGGGAUGUCCUCAAAGCUUCCCUGAAAAGGUUAAACAUCCCCAUCGACUCCACAGGAGACCAUCCAGAAUGGGGACGGUUCAUUCGGGAAGGCACCGAACACGGAGAGACUGCAUCGGGAACGUGCAGAGGAGAAGUCGAGGCUUCGGAGGGAGCGCAUAAACCACCCAAACAACCCAUCCACCCAACCCCUUCAACACCACCUGCCCCGCAUGUGGCAGGGUCUGCAGGUCACACAUUGGGCUUAUCAGCCUCCUCAGAACCCACUGAAUCACCUUCGACCCUGGGGGACAAUCCAAGGAGAUGUGAUUGAGGACAGUUACACAAAGUGUACAUUACUAUUCCUCCACAAGCAGUAGCUGGAGGGUCAGUAACCAGAGGGCAGAGGUUGAAGGUGAUUGGUAAAGGAACUGAGGGAAUUAUUUUCCACAGUGAGUUGUCCUGACAUGGAAUGCGCUGUCUGAAAGGAUGGUAGAAGCAAAUUCAAUAGGAACGUUCAAAAGGGAAUUGGAUAAGUGGUUGAAAGAAUAGAAUUUUGGGAAGGAGCAUGGGGAAUUGGGAUUAGUUGGAUCGUUCUACCAAGGUACCAGCGCAGGCACAAUGGGUAGAAUAGUCUCAUCCUGUGCUGUAAGAUCUGGUGAUUGUUUAACCCUUGUAUGACUGAUUACAGAUUUGAGUUCAGCCCUGCCUGAAAGUGACAUUCUGCAUGUUCAGAAGCAGCUCUUUCCCUCUCCCCCACAGUUCCAAUCCCAAAGCCGACAUCUUUGACUCACUGACCUACUCUGUACAAAUCAACAGUUAAUAUUCGAUCCAGUUAUAUGUUUCCUUCCUGCAGUAACUUUCAGUGCAGCCCCAGCUGACUGUUAAUCAUACAGCUCUCUCCAUUUGCUGUAAAGCAAUGGAACCUAGAAACAUAGGACAUAGGAGCAAGAGAAAGGCCAUUCAGCCCAUCGACCCUGUUACAUUGAAACAGGAGGAGGAGGAGUUCAGUCCCUCAAGACAGCUCUCCCACUCAGCCAGAUCAGGGCAGAUGUUAGCACCUUUGCCCAUCAUCAUUUCCGUUUCCCUCCUCCAAAUAAAACGAUCAAUCUCAAUUUUGGAAUUUUCAAUUGACCCACCCCCUCAACCUCAGAGGAUUUGUGGGGAGAGAUUUCCAGAUUUCCACUGCCCUCUGUGUGAAGAAGUGCUUCCUGACAUCACCCCUGAAUGGUCUGGCUCGCAUUUGAAGGCCUGGUUUCUCCCACUAUAGGGAAGAUUUUCUUUGCCUUGACUCUUAUCAAAUCCUUUCAUCAUUUUAAACAUCUCAGUCAGGUUGCAUGCCAACCUUCUAAAUGGAAAGGUUGCUCUGCAUCACUGUGUAAGCAUUAUUGAUAUGUUUGUGGUUGCUGCUUUACAAUUUUAUUUACUGCUGAAUGUUUACAAGGUUAGUUACAGAACCUAUAUUCUGUACAAUGUUGUAAUAAAAUGCUUUUGGUUACAAA